AUGAGUAGUAGCUCUCAUAGCCCAAUAGAUAACGAUGAUGACAAUGAUACUGAUGAGUGUAAAAGUAAAAAAAACAAAACGUACCAUAAAGAUGAUAAAAUAAAAAACAAAAAAAAUCUAAAAAAUAAGUCAUCUAGGAAUAAUAGCGGAGAAGUAAAAUGCAAAAAAAAAAGUGCUUCUUCCAAUUCACAAAUUUUUAAAAGUCAUAAUAAGGACAAACAUAAAGGCUUAAAAAAAACAGAGGAAGGAAAUAACAUAUCAAAUAGGAAACAUUUUAAAGAAAGGAAAAUUAAACAAGAUGAUGAAAGUAGUAGCACUUCAUAUUAUAAACGUAGCAUGAAAAAAAGGAAAAAAGAAAAGAAUGUAUAUGGCAAGUUAAAAAAUGACAAAAUUGAAGGCACGUUGGAGAAGAAAAAAAGAACAGGAACUCGCUUUCAUAGACAUAAGAAAUGUAGUAGCAAUGAUAGUGAAGAAAACCUAUUGGAGAAAUCUAAAAUAUGUAAAAAAACCAAAAAUAGUAACAUUAAAUCUAGGAGGGAGAUUUUUCAGUCAUCUUCGCUUGAUAAUGAAAAAAAAGCCUCAUUGUCUUAUGCAUCGAAAGGAUGUAGAAGCGGUUCUGAAGGUAAUUCUGAAGGUAAUUCUGAAGGCAGUUCUGAAGGCAGUUCUGAGGGAAGUUCUGAAGACAGUUCUGAGGGAAGUUCUGAGGGAAGUUCUGAAGGCAGUUCUGAGGGAAGUUCUGAGGGAAGUUCAAGAAACAAUGCAGCAGAUGAAAAUGAUGCAAGUGAUAUCUCUUUGUACGAAAGUCAUACAAGUGACCCUAGUGCUGGGUCCUCCAAUGAAAGUAGUAAUUCAUCUCAUUUAAGCAGUGUAAACAGUAUUACGUCAAAAACAAAAAGUACAAAAAAAAGGAAGAAGCACAAUAAAAAAAAAAAAAAAAACUCUUCGAAGGGGGAAGAAGGACCAAAGGACUGUAAUGAAACAGUGACAAAGAUAGAAGAAACUUUUGAUGUCCAUAUAUAUGACAGUAAGGAAAUGAUAAGGUUGACAAUAAAUAUUCUUCAGAACUUUAACUUUUUAAAUAAUUUAAAAAUAUUAUAUGAAAAAUUAGAUAAGAAAAAAAAAAUUUCACUUGAAAAUAUGAAGGAUUUAAAGCUAAAAAAGAAAUUGAGGCAUUUAUUCAGAGCAUGGAAAUUAGAAAAAAAUGGAGAUUUUUACAGAAAACCAUCGAAUUUUAAGGAAAGUAUCUUAGAUAUUUUUAAUAAUUUAAUAUAUUACUUUUUAUCGAAACUAGAUAUAAAUAAACUAAGGUAUAAUAUUAGUAAAAGAAAAACUAUUGCAUUAAAAAAAGACCAUCAAAAGGAAUAUAAUAAUGAACCUAAAGGUAGUAAAUAUGCACAUGAUUCUUAUAACGAUGGUAAUAAUAUAAAUUACUAUGAUAACAGUUUUCUUGCAGAAUUAAAAGAACAAGGUUACUCUCAUUUGAUGUCCAAUACCAAGGAAAAAAUGAAAAGCUUAAGAGAGUUACAUGAAGAGGGUUACUUUAUAAAUGCAAAAGAAGAAUAUAAAGAAUUCUUAGAAAAAAAUAAAAAAAUUGAUUUAUGGGGAAAAAAUGAGCAAGAACAAAUGUUUUUGUUAAAUUCUAAAAAUUCAGCUAACGAAAGAAAAAUCUUCGAUAGGGAAACGGAUUUAGUCACAAACAAAUUUGUAAAAAAAGAUGAUUAUCAAAAGCUUAUCAAGCGCACAAGGGAGCAUGUGAAUGAUAAGUUUCACAUGACGGGUCACCGACCCUAG